CUCCUAUUCCACCCCCAGCCCCGCCCGCCAGCUCAGCCUCCCCAGCCCCCAUUCCACGUGGACCCGCCAGGGCGGGGGUGGGGAAUGGAGACAGGAAGAGGGGGAGCCAACCCAGGGAGCGGAGGCUGGUGGCGGCUCCUCUCGUGUUCGCCCUCACUGCCGGCCAUCCCAGCUCCAGGCACCAUGUUCCGCGGUGCGGGGUCCCGCAGCCACACCCUCCCGCGACCCCCGCUGCUGCAGAUGUUGCUGCUGGUGCACGCCGUGGGGAGGGGGCUGGGCCGCGCCAGCCCGGCCGGGGGCCCCCUGGAAGACGUGGUCAUCGAGAGGUACCACAUCCCCAGGGCCUGCCCCAGGGAGGUGCAGAGGGGGGACUUCGUGCGCUACCACUACAACGGCACCUUUGAGGACGGCAAGAAGUUUGACUCCAGCUAUGACCGCAGCACUUUGGUGGCCAUCGUGGUGGGUGUGGGACGUCUCAUCACCGGCAUGGACCGGGGCCUCAUGGGCAUGUGUGUCAACGAGCGGAGACGCCUCAUCGUGCCUCCCCACCUGGGCUAUGGCAGCAUCGGUGUGGCGGGGCUCAUUCCCCCGGAUGCCACCCUCUACUUCGACGUGGUCCUGCUGGAUGUGUGGAACAAGGAAGACACGGUGCAGGUGAGCACCCUGCUGCGCCCGCCCCACUGCCCCCGCAUGGUCCAGGACAGCGACUUCGUCCGCUACCACUACAACGGCACGCUGCUGGACGGCACCGCCUUCGACAGCAGCUACAGCAGGGGCGGCACCUAUGACACCUACGUGGGCUCUGGCUGGCUGAUCAAGGGCAUGGACCAGGGGCUGCUGAGCAUGUGUCCUGGGGAGAGAAGGAAGAUCAUCAUCCCUCCAUUCCUGGCCUAUGGCGAGAAGGGCUAUGGGACUGUGAUCCCCCCGCAGGCCUCCCUGGUCUUCCACGUCCUGCUGAUCGACGUCCACAACCCGAAGGACACGGUGCAGCUGGAGACGCUGGAGCUCCCGCCGGGCUGUGUCCGGAGAGCCGCGGCCGGGGACUUCAUGCGCUACCACUACAACGGCUCGCUGAUGGACGGCACCCUCUUCGACUCCAGCUACUCCCGCAACCACACGUACAACACCUACGUGGGGCAGGGCUACAUCAUCCCGGGGAUGGACCAGGGCCUGCAGGGCACCUGCAUGGGCGAGCGCCGGAGGAUCACCAUCCCCCCGCACCUCGCCUACGGGGAGAACGGGACUGGAGACAAGAUCCCUGGCUCAGCUGUGCUGAUAUUCGACGUCCACGUCAUCGACUUCCAUAACCCCCAGGAUCCCGUGGAAAUCAAGACGCUGUCCCGGCCCCCCGAGGCCUGCAACGAGACCACCAAGUCCGGGGACUUCGUCCGCUACCACUACAACUGCUCUCUGCUGGACGGCACCAGGCUCUUCUCCUCGCAUGACUACGGGGCCCCCCAGGAGGCAACUCUGGGGGCCAACAAGGUGAUCGAAGGACUGGACACGGGCCUGCAGGGCAUGUGUGUGGGAGAGAGGCGGCAGCUCGUGGUCCCCCCGCACCUGGCACAUGGGGAGAGUGGAGCCCGGGGGGUCCCCGGCAGUGCUGUGCUGCUGUUUGAGGUGGAGCUGAUAUCCCGCGAGGAGGGGCUGCCCGAAGGCUACCUGUUUGUGUGGCACCAGGACCCUCCUGCCAACCUGUUUGAAGACCUGGACCUCAACAAAGAUGGCGAGGUCCCCCCAGAGGAGUUCUCCACCUUCAUCAGGGCUCAAGUCAGUGAGGGCAAAGGACGCCUCAUGCCGGGGCAGGACGCGGAGAAAACCAUAGGGGACAUGUUCCAGAACCAGGACCGCAACCAGGACGGCAAGAUCACCAUCGACGAGCUCAAACUCAAGUCCGACGAGGACCAGGAGCGGGUUCACGAGGAGCUCUGAGCGCAGAGCCUGGGCCCGGGCCCCCCACCAACGCCCGCUUCUGGGGACAGUGGGCAGAGGGGUUGACUUCCAACAGUCACCCCCCCUCCCCCUCUGCUGGGAAGAGGUCUGAGAGCAUCUCGAAAGUGGUCGGAGGAGACAGUCUGGUCUUCCCACCAGCCCGAGCGAAAUGCACAGCACAGACCUCUCCUCGGUGCCUCUCCUCCAGCCCCACACCAGUCCCUUUGGAGUUACACAGCCAGUCUGGGGACUGGUGGAGGCUGGGGCUGGAUGGGCCAUUGCUGGCCCCCCACCCACCCCUCCACGUCACCACUGAGCACGGCCAAGCUAAUCAUUUCAAACACUCCCCUCUGUUUGUCCUUUUCCUCACCAUCCCCAGGCCUGCCCCCCCUCCCCUCUCAUGGCAGCUCCCCAGGGGCAUGGACCGGGGCUGGCAGAACCCCGUCUUCCUCCCACAGCCACAGCUGGCUCCAAAGGAAGGGGAGGUUCAAGGAGAGCAGCCCUACCACACCCAGGUCCCCAGCACCUGUGCCCCCCCCCCCUCCCUCCCAGUGCUGCUGGGGUACCCUCAGGGAGCUGCAGGUCAGGGCUGGGCUGUGUGUCACCUUUCAUCCCUAAAGGCGG